AUGGCCCUUCACGACGGUCUCGUAAAUUGGCCACUAUUCUUUGGCUGUAUUUUCCUUGCCUUUGGACCUUUAGCUGCUCUCUUUUUUAUUCUUGUGGCUAAACGUGCUCAACUUGUGAUUAUUGCACUAAGUGGUGCGUUUCUAUGGCUUGUUGCGAUUCUCGUGACGGCGACUUUAUGGCAACUUCUGCCAUUUUUAAAGACGUCCUUAUCGGCUACAAUACCAGUAGCUGUGCUUGUCCAAGAAGCCUUUCGAAUGCUCUUCUUUUACUUGUAUACACGUACGGAAAUGGCUGUAAAACGUGUGACUACAUCUUCCCAUCAAUUACCACUUAAUGAUAUUACAUCAUCACUUGCAGGGGGUGUUGGGUUUUCUCUCAUGCAUGCAUUGCUCAUGUUUGGAAGUCUUGUGGGUUCAUCCACAGGUUUACGUGGUGCUGCCUUUUCAAGUUCAUGUGAAUAUAUUCCAUUGAUAUUCUCAGCAGCUCUCUCAACCUUAGCACUGACGGUACAUGAUAUCGCACUUAUGGUGAUUGCAUUUCAUGGAUACCGUCAACGAUCGGUAGUACUUAUUAGUACCGUGUUUGUUAUUCAUAUGGGAGUUGCCUUGUCGGCGUUGGCUAAUAUGGACACUAAUGGCUGCUUUAUUUCCAUUCCUAUACAUUACGCUGGUGCAGCAUUAGCUUGUACAGGUGCUACAAGUAUUAUUUGGCGUUCCAAGAGACUCAGUGUUGAUACCAAAUGA